AUGCCUUCCUGGACGCACCUUGUUCGUUUCAUCGCUGUCGAGGACAGCCAAGUUCACCUCGGCCAAUUGAUCGAUACGACCCGCGAUGUUGGACGCGAUAGUGUCGACGGAGUGGAUAUCGCCGUCAAGGUCAUUGAGGGUACUAUCUUUGAUGGGCGUGUUACCGAAGACAUCUUGCAUCUGCUUGCGCCUAUCACACAAGAGCAAUGCAGCUACAUCCGUUGUCUAGGGCUCAACUACAUGGACCACGCACAGGAAGCCAAUAUGCCACUCCCCAAAGCGCCAAUUCUUUUCACUAAGCCCCGCACUGCCCUUGCUGGCCCUUAUCCGGCCACUAUCAACAUCCCCAAGUGUGCACAGGAUGAAACCAGUGACUACGAGGCCGAGUUGUGUCUGGUAAUUGCAAAGACUGGUAGAGAUAUCCCCGAAGAGGAAGCUCUUGACUAUGUUUUGGGUUAUGCUGCAUCCAAUGAUGUCUCUGCUCGCACUCUACAGUUUGCCACAGCGCAGUGGUCUUUCUCUAAGGGGCUCGACGGAAGCUGUCCUAUUGGUCCCGUCCUGGUAGCACCUUCUGUAAUUGUAGACCCCCAAGCCCUGUCAAUCAAGGCCAUCCAUAACGGCACUAUCGUUCAAGAUGGACAGACUAAGGAUAUGAUUUUCAGCAUCAAGCAACAGAUCUCAUAUCUCUCGCAGGGUACCACACUGGAGGCUGGGACACUGUUUCUGACUGGAACACCUGCGGGCAUUGGAUACUUCCGGGAGCCAAGAGUGGUUCUCAAGGAUGGCGAUGAGAUUUCUGUGAAAAUUGAUCAGAUCGGCACACUUGUUAACAAAGUCCGUUAUGAGAGUCGGUAA